AUGAUCCCCAGCAAGACUGCCCUGACCUCAGAUAUCCACUGCAAGUUUGGAGUUUCCCAGGCCACCUACACUUCUGACCAACUGGCUGCAAAUUCAGGGGUUCCUAUGACCCACUCGGGAUGCGGAUGCCGGGGGGACUUCCUGUGCCGGCCCCCGCCGCCCCCGCCCCCGGCCCGGCCGCUGCCCGCACGGACGCACGGCCGGCGGGUCGCACGCUCGGGCGGGCGGGCGAGCGAACGGGGACCCCGGCCCGGCCGCGGCGCCCGCCGCCCGCGGGGCCCGGCCCAGGCUGCCCGCCCGCGGCCUCCCGGCACCUGUGGCCGCCGGCGGACCCCGGCCGGGCCCGCGCUGCCCCGGGCUAAAAGACACCGGUGGCACCCGGCCCCGCCGACCUCGGGCCGGGCCGUCCACCGGGGCCGCCCUCGGGGCCGCCCCGCAGCCCUCGGCGCCCGCGAUGGUCCCGCACGGCCGGCCCUGAGCCCCGCGCUGGUUGGGGGCUCGGCCUCCUCCAGCCCCCACCCCAGGAAGCCGACACCAACUUCUGCUUUUGAACUCCGCUCUGCCCCCUUCUCUUGGCCCAGCGCGACCUCGGCAACCCAGACCGCAGCAGACCCUCCUGAGUGCCCAGAAAGGCCCCCGGGUGGCCUGGCGCCUCCCCGGCUCUUUCUGGAUGGAGGCUCCUCAGGAAGGUGCUGGCUGAACGCUUUGGCCUUCACCUUCCAGCCCCUGCUGACCACACCUCCCCUAGUGCAGAGGCUGCGUGAGGAGCAGGAAAUGCUGUACCAGCACAGCUGGCUCCCUGGGAUCUCUGUCUGACUGCCAGGAUGGAGGUAGGGCCGGCAACCAAGACCUUCGUGCUGGAGCUUCGGUGUCUUGAAGAUGGGGGCUCAGGGCCUGACACCCUCU